GAACCGGAAGUCGCGAUGACGUAACAGCCGUUCUCUGCUACCUAACACCAGACAACCGCGAAGAGAGAAAAAAAACUUUGUAUAACUCGACGAAAGGGCCUCUAAAAAGUUGAUUAAAGUGCUGCCACAUGAUGGCGGUCCAGUCCUAAACCGAGCUCGUGUCACAGAUGUGGAGUUAGGGAUGAACUCGAGGUGUGAAAUCCAGCGGAGGCCCGGCGGCGGCGGCGGCGGCUUCAGCGGCAGCCCCGUCACCGGUUCCCCCGCUAUGGGAGCGCAAUCGCGCCGCAGGAAGAUGGCUCCCAGACCGGCAGAUUAUAAACUCCAGAUCAUCAUCAUCGGCUCCCGCGGUGUGGGAAAGACCAGCCUGAUGGAGAGGUUCACUGAUGAUACCUUCUGUGAGGCUUGUAAAUCUACCGUGGGUGUGGAUUUUAAAAUCAAAACCGUGGAGCUCAGAGGAAAGAAGAUCAGGUUGCAGAUCUGGGACACCGCUGGUCAGGAGCGAUUCAACAGCAUCACCUCCGCCUAUUACCGAGGCGCUAAGGGCAUCAUAGUGGUGUAUGAUAUCACCAAGCAGGAGACCUUUGAAGACCUGCCCAAAUGGAUGAAAAUGAUCGACAAGUACGCAUCAGAGGACGCCGAGCUCCUAUUGGUCGGGAACAAGCUGGACUGUGAGGCGGACCGCGUCAUUGCACGACAGCAGGCCGAGAGGUUUGCCUCACGGAUAUCAGGGAUGCGAUUCUGUGAGGCCAGCGCCAAGGACAACUUCAAUGUGGAUGAGAUCUUUCUCAAGCUAGUGGAUGAUAUUUUGAGUAAGAUGCCUCUGGAAAUGCCCAGUAGAGAACUUUCCAACAGCGUCCUUUCCCUUCAGCCCGAGCCUGAAGUGCCCCCAGAACUGCCGCCUCCUCGCCUGCGCUGCUGCUGAGCCUCAUCUCGGUCCUCCUGCUCCAGAAAAGCCCCACCAUCUCCCAACAGCCCCUGCAUUUCCAGCGACUGACCACCAGAGGGUGGAGUGCAGCUGCACUGAGGCCUUCCAACCCGCAGGGAGCUGUGGACUCCAGGGCACGAGCAGCGGGGAGGGCCAUUCCAGGGGCAAGAACAUUCAGAUUAAUUCACCACGUUUAGACUUUCUGUGUACAAUGCCGCUGUUAGAUUUCCAACUACAUGAAAUCAAGACUGACGACUUCUGUUCUGACUGUAUAGCUGCAUGCACACCUACAAAUACAGUGUCCUAUACUGUGUUUGAGUGUGUGUAUAAUAGUUCAGUAAGGAGGGGGAAAAAAAGACAUUUCGUAAGCUUCUUUAGUUUUUAACGCCACGCAUCACUCUUUUUAAGAACUCUUCAUCCCUGUAGCAUCUCAGCGAUCAAGUGCACUCUCAUGACCUCAAGAGUGUACGUCUUGCAUUGAUUUGAAGCUGGGCCAGUCGUGAGCAUUCGGAUCAGAGUCCCUGCAUCCAACAGCUCCUCUUAUCUCCCGAGUGAUUUACCAUCCAGUAAAGAGUUUAGUUUAGGGGUGGCAUGUACGAUCCCUUGCUACACUAGGGGUUUCUGCUUUUUCUGCUACACCAUUUACGUUUACAUUUACGGCAUUUUGGCAGACACUCUUGUCCAGAGCGACUCACAGCAGCAGUCAGAACAAAUGCAAAGCAAUGUAGUUCACUGAUGGAGAAAGGACAGGUGAACUUUUAAUUUGUGAGUUCACAAGCCCCUCUGUCUUUCAAAGGCAGGAUUGUGGGCUCUUCAGUGGGGGAAAAAAACUGAAGAGCUGCUUAUUAUUAAGUAGCGGUCAAACCGAGCAGUCUUCUUACUGUUGCUUAGUGCACACUUAAAAAAAAGUAUUCCCAUCUCAUCCACCCACAUACCCUAGUGUUUUUGUGGAACAGUUCUGUUACUCUCUCUCUCUCUGCCUGUCUGCCUGCCUCUCUCUCUCUCUCUCUCUCUCUCUCUCUCUCUCUG